CAGUAGUAUUUGGUAUGGUAUAUGGAUGGAUUCAUGGAUAUAUAUGAAGGUGUGACAGAAGUAUAGUGUUAUUAUAACUCACCCAAACUAAAUAAUUUAUCAUAUAUAAUUCAUAAGGGUAUAACCAAGCACAAGAAAUAGUAGAGCAGAGAUGGAGAAGAAAGAAAAUGCAGCAGCAUCUCCUAUGGGAAUGGGAGGAGUAUCUAGCAGGGACGAAGAGGUAGCAUGCAACUCCACCACCAUGCGUGCUUCUGAGACCUGCCUCCGUCUUCUUUCCAUUCCUCUAUGCGUCUCUGCAUUACUCCUUAUGCUUAAAAACUCUCAACAAAAUGAAUAUGGAUCCGUCGCCUACACUGAUAUUGCAGCUUUCAGGUAUUUGGUGAAUGUGAAUGGCAUAUGUGCAGGUUACUCACUGCUUUCAGCACUAUUCAUUGCUGCUAUGCCUCGCCAUUAUUCCACUAUAUCUCGUGCUUGGACUUUCUUCUUCCUUGACCAGGUGGUAACAUACAUGAUUGUGGUGGGUGGAGCCAUGUCAACAGAGGUGCUGUACCUGGCCGAGUAUGGAGGCGCUGCAACAACAUGGAGCUCUGCAUGUGGCUCUUUUGGUAGAUUCUGUCACAAGCUCACAGCAUCCAUAGCCAUCACAUAUGCUUCUGUAGGUUGCUAUGUGUUGCUGUCACUCAUGUCUUCCUACAAACUAUUCACCAACUAUGAUGCGCCACCUAUAAGGAGCCCCAUUACUGCCAUUCACAUUGUGGCUUUCCAUGCCUCGCCCAAUUAGUCAAUUAAUUUCGUUAUUUCAUGUAGUAUCGAGUAUGUGCUACAAAUCUAGAAUGUGCCAGUCAAUAAGCAAAUAACUUGGGUCAUACUUUAUGAAGUUUUCCAGCUCUUAUAACAAUCAAAAGUUAUUAUCAAAUCUUAUA